GGAUACAAACUUGUUGGACAGGAUAUCAUACAGAAACUUCCUAUCUUGUUACGAAAUGAUGUAUCGUCACCAAACAACCUAUUUUGUUAGGACAGAAAAAUUUAACGAUCUGUCAAAAAGGGAUAAGUUAGCCAGUUUAAAUACCUGAAAAAUAACUGCAAAUUACUGAUAUUUAUUGUAUGUGUUAUUAACUUGAUACAAAGAUUAAAUGCAAACCAGAUAAAGAACUAAUAUCUUGCUGGAUUAUGACGUUAGAUUUAUGUACUGUCUAACAUUUAAUAUUUACAAUGGAUAGAACGGAGACAUGAUAUUCAAAGUUAGUCACUAAGGAAAGGAAUAAAGCUUCAUAGAAACUUACGAUUGUAAUCAAUUUCAAUUCAAUAUUUCUUAUUUACCUGAUAAACAUACAUGCAAUCCUGUAGUUUAUUGAUCUAAUAUAUAUAUGCCAUAUAAGAUCAACCAUUGAGAGAGAAUAAAAACUAAUUCCAUUAAAAUCUUCAUUCAGAUUAAAAAUGAAUAUAUAGAAGUGUGAUAUCUAGAGCAUAUCUGGAAAAAAAAUUGUGAUGAAAAGAAUUAAAAUCAUAAUGGAAAGUUUUAUUGGAUUCUGAAUUAUCAGAAAGUAUAGAGUUUGGAUUACAUAUGGAGACUAAUGGAUGCAAAUUGUAAGGAUUUAUUGAAUCUAUUUUGGAACAUUCAUUAAACAUACUUAUAUUAAUCUCUCUGAAUAGAAAGGAAAUUUUAUUCAAGUAUUAGUUUUUAAAUGGACAAAUAUUUAUAAACUGAACAAUAAAACUCAACCGUGUCAUUAUUGGAAAGCCGUAAAACAACAAUUACAGAGAAUAAAACUCUCUACCGUUAAGAGUGAGUAGAUGAUGGCAACAUAGAAGUACCAUCUACCUGUCUACCUAUAAAAUAUAUGGCAUCUAUUUAAUUUGUUUACAAUUUUCUUCAAAACCGUCACUUUUCCUUUCACUCCCAUUUGUCAAUUGGGAGUUUCUUUGGUAAGUUUGAACAGCGUGUUAGUACACUGGAUUAUUUAAAAGGAUUUCUUUGUGUAAAAAGGACAUAAAAUUAGUUUUGAUUGUGCUUUGAUAACAUGUUAAAUAACUAAACAUAAAAGGAGCAGGAAACUGAAAAAAUUGACUUGCUACAAAAUGACAAAUUACGAAGUUUUAGAUAAGGAAACUGAUAAACUAAUGGAAGCUGUGUUAUAUGGAGAUGCUCUGGAUGUAGUCCGUGUUCUACAAAAGAAUAAGGAUAUUUGUAAUGACUUGUGUACAAAUAUCAACAAUGAAGGAACAACCAUUUUACAUGCAAUGGCACAGAGGUUCCGUCCAAAUGUAGUUAAAAUUCUAAUUGAUUUCAAUAUAGAUAUUGACUGUCGUGAUAUUGAAGGAAACACUCCACUUUACAAUGCUCUGUGUCACAACAAUCUCUAUGGUGCUAAAAUUCUCAUCGAUCAUGGAGCUGAUGUUAAUCGUACUCUCAACAGAAGAAGUGGAAUAACAAUUCUUCAUAAGAUUGUUAAAAGUGAUAAAAUCCGUGCCUCCAAAUUUUUACUUGACGAAGGUGCAAAUGUUAACAUUACAGACAAAUCCAAAAGAACACCCCUGCAUAUAGCCCUUCUGAAAAACAAUACUAGAAUGUCAACAUUGUUGCUAGACCAUGAUGCAGACAUCAAUGCUGCAGAUGACACUGGAAAAACACCUCUUCAUCUCUCUAUCAUAUAUCAACAUCCUGAACUUACAAAGUUACUUAUACAAAGAGGUGCGGAUGUAUGGAGCAAAGACGAGGUUGGUAUGACACCAUUACAUUUAGCUGUAGCAGCAGGGUACACAGACAUUGCUAAAUUGAUACUUAAAAGAAGUAAUGUUAGCAUCAAUUUGAAAGAGAAGAGAAUGGGACGUACUGCGCUACAUCUAUCAUGUGCCAAUAACCAUUUAGCAAUAGCUAAAGCACUACUGGAAAGUGGAGCUGAUGUCAACUUAACUACCAAAUUUCGUAAAUCUCCACUUCACAUUGCUGCUGGUCAUCAAGCACCAGAAAUCUGUUCCCUCCUCCUUAAGAACAAUGCCAAUGUUAACAUGAUAAGUACAAGUAAUAAAACUGCUCUACAUUUUGCAGUGGAAAAUAACCAGGAUCAACUAACAAAGGAUCUCAUUCAAUACGGUGCAAAUAUCAAUCUCCGUGAUUUACAUGGUGGAAGUCCUCUUCAUUAUGCUGCGUCAUCAGGAAACAACAGACUCGUUUCCUUACUCAUUCAUGGCGGUGCAAACAUAAAUAGCAUAAAUGGGAAAAGACAAACACCAUUGCAUGUAACUGUCCAUGAAAAACAUAUAGACACUGCAAUCUUCUUGAUGAAGAAUGGUGCUAAUUUUACUUAUCUGGAUGAAGAUGGUAAGACUGCUAUGGAAUAUGAUAAAACUGGACAGCUUACUGCCAUUUCCAAAACUCUGCUCAAAGACACUGUUUAAUGCUUGUAAUCACUAUAUUAUCAAUAUUAUUUUUUAUAAAGUUUCAUUUAUUGUU